AUGUCUAAGAGAAAGGACCGGACCAGACGACGUCGGGUCCACGGUGCAUGCUACUCGGGUUCCAGGACAUUCGCCCUGUACCACCGUCGGCCUCGCCGCUGGGAGUCGCCAUCGCCACACGUGGGGCUGUCGGCGCUCGAACCAACGGAGGCUGAAAAUUGCAUCACCUACGCCAGCGUCUACUUCACGCCGCGGGGAUGGCAUCCGGGAGGAGCUGCGCACGCCUGCCAUGGUCGGCCGAGGGCGCGGGGUUUGGUGUCCCCUCUCCCGUUUCCUUUGAGUGGUGUGGGUUAG